GGUCUCCUAUGCCGGUAGUCAUCAUGGAUGACUAUCCCAUCCAGGGCCUGUUGGCCCUUUCUGUAUUAUUGGGGCCCUUGUUCAGGCUGAUGUUCCCAUUGGGGUUCGGGCCUGUGUGCACGUCCCGUAUGCUGAUGCGGUCUGGAACAGUGAAGCCUGGCCCUACACCUGCGGAGCAGGCAGAAAUAGACCGCAGGCUGGCAGAUAAGAAAAAGGAGAAAGAAGCAAAGAAAAAACAGAAAGAAGAAGAAGCAAGAAAGAAGAUGAAAGAGAAGAUGGAGAGAGAGUUGGAGGAAGAAUUGAAAAGUAUAGAAGAAGAAGAACAACAACAACAAGAAGAAGGAGAAGUGUUGGAAAGACGUCGUCGCCAAGACAUACCUGAAAGCAGCACAACGCCCCACCUUCCCGUUGAACCGCUGGACUGGGGCAGCCGGUACUAUUACUACAGCGAGCCGUUAAAAGAAUCUGAUGAAGAACGGGAUGCGUUCAUCGCCAAGUUGGCCACUAUUAACGACACCGUUGAACGAAACCUGAUGUUGGAGGAGAAACGGGCUGAGCUAAAUCGCAGGCUAUUGGCCGCUAGACGGCAAGAGGUGGAAGACAAGAAAAGAUUGCAGGCAGAAGGGGAUAAAUUGCAGAAAGCUCUAGAAGCACAAAAGGAAAACCCCUCUGCAACUGAAGCAGAACUUGCACUCCUCAGGGAGGCCGUCCUCAACACGAGGCAAAACGUGGACUUAAUGCGGCAGAUCUUGCAACGUGUAGAAACACAUCGGGUUGAAUUUGAGAAUGUCUGGAAUAACUUCGUAGAAAAGUCAGCAAAGGACGUUGACCAACAUGUGUAAACUUACAUCCAGGCUUUGGACGAACAUAUUAAUAAAGUCUUCACCCCGGAGGUCGUAGAUAAGAUUGUAAAGGGAGCUGGAGGCGACGGAGGAGAUGGAGAUGGCGACGACAAUGAUGACAAGAAAGGGAAGAAGAAGAUUGAGGAUUCAAAGGGCCAACCUUCCCGGGAACCCGGACAGACUAACAAAAUUAAGCUUAAACU